AUGCUGACAGGCUCGAUUCCUCUGACUGCCACCAUUGCAGAGCCUGUUACUACCGAAGACUCAGAUCCAAAGGCACCUUAUGCCCUGCCAACCCUCAUGGUGACGUCUCUAUUCCAUGCUCUCUCCGCCUUCUACACAUACACUUGGUACGCCACUGGGGGGAAGGGGGUGUUUGCAGUCGCGGUGGCUGGGAACUCAUUCCUUGCUUUUGUUGGGCUGUGGUGUGUGAUGUUUGCGAGCAGCGAUGGAAAGAUCAGUCGCCGAACUGGUGCCGAUAAGAGGACAGCUGGGUUUCCUUUCUCUAACAAGGAAGCUGAUAAGAAGCGCGCUGGGAAGAAACUCAUUUAG